ACUGUUAAUGUUUUAAACUAUUGCCUCAACCAUUGUCCACCACCAUCACCACCAUCACCACCACAACAGCAUACCCACCUACCUACCUACCCACAGCUACCAUCACCACCAUACUCCAGCCUCACCGCCGCCAACCUCAGCAUCACCACUACCGACGACGACAACGAUAACAAGUAUCUUCAGUCAAGUGCUCGACAGGAACAGCAGCAUCGCGCCUCUUCAUACGACUCUUCUGUUCUGUAUCCACCUUGUGUUCUACACCAACGACAACAACUCCACUGCUUCUAAACGUCGACAAGGCUGAUUCCGCAUGAAUCGCACAUGGAAUUGCCCUGAUCGCACCAGUUUUGACGUAGAAAGUGGAUUCACAGGAUUGCCUAGGUCCCGGCCUCGAGCACCGGGUGUUUUAGAAGUCAGGAGAGAGCCAUGUCGGCGCCACCCAGCCGGCAUGGCCCAUCAACACCGAUGCACCAUCAACUCCAACGAUCGCAGUCGCAGACAACAACAAACACCACCAGCACCGCCACUACCGGCAUCCGCGUCGUCCCCUACACGCCGCCCCGACUUGCCGACGACGAUGAUCGCCGAGACAGCCAGACGUCAUCCGUCUACCGCUCCAACUCUAGUGCCGAUGGGCGCCGCUCGGGCAAUUCCAGCGAUGACCGGCUCGGGCGCCGCCAGACCAUUGCAUUGGUCGAGGAGACUUCGGACGAGGAGCGCGAGGAGCUUCAGCACACAGAAGGUCCCGAUUCGAAGGAGGUAGCAGUCGAGGGUUAUGCCAUCAGCGAGACGGCCACCAGCAGCCUAGGUUCUGCUUUGUCCUCGGCUACGACGUCGACCCUGUCAUUGGCAAAGGCCAAGGAUGAAGGAGUUUCAGGAUUGCGACUCUCUGGCGUUUCCACCAUCUCGGUUGUUCGAGAUCCAACCAGCCCGACCCCUUUGCCCAGGAGGCUGUCUGAUGUUUCAAGAAGCAUUGCCCGAUUCAACGCCCAGUCUGCAUCAUCUACUCCCACCCAGGAUGUCCGUCGCGGCCGUCGCGAUUCAGCCUCGCCUUCACCCACAGUUCGCCCGCGAUCCUACUCCAGACAGCGCAAGAUCAUCGCCCUCAACCCCGACAAGACUUUCAGAAUCGUCACCACCGAGGAGGACCCUGCCGACGUCGUCAAGGCUCCCGUCAUCCCUUCCUCAUCCACAGCCACGCCCUCGUUUCGCCCAUCGGUUGACGUAUGGAGUGACGACCUCAGCAUCGGUACCCCUUUUACCGUCGGCACCCCCUUCUCGGGUAACACACUUACCGCCCGAGAACCUGCUCCAUCUGAUCUCGCCGCACCUUUCGUCCAAUCUCCUGAUUCGUCCACCACCCAACUAAUCCAGGGUCCCGUGCCCGUGGCUUCGACCUCUUCUGGCUACCGCAUGGUCGGUGGCCUACGCAGAGUUCCCCAUACCGCAGAUCUCACGCACGAAAACUCACCUGCGAUCGACCCGCCCCUUGCUCCUUUACAAGAGGUAGCAUCCAACGAAUCGCGGAGCGAUAACAACUUGACCCCGACUGCCUCUAGGGUUAUUGCGCCAAAGCCUUCCUUUACAUCUGGUAUCUCUGGCGUCUCUGGUCUUAGUAUCGCAUCUGAAAAGACCAACUACAAGGUUUACGGUAUUCACACCUCAGUACCCGAAUCCUUCGACAGCCCUAUCAUCUCGCCCAUCUCUCCUCAGACCGAAGCAACCAACUGGGAAGUUCUAGGCAGCCCAGGGGCCUCAUCGCGCGCUCCAUCUUCUACCCACGGCAACUGGGAAGUUCUAGGUCACUCUUCGCCCGUAUCGCCAGGUGCCUCUUCCCUCGCUCAAUCCAAUUGGAGAGUCGUUGGGGAUUCGCCGGUCGCUGCAUCCCCUUCCGUCCGGUCGAUUUGGGAAGCGCAAAGCGAGACUUCUCGCCUUCCAUCGGGAACUUCCCGCGUUCCGUCGGGCCCGGCCAACUGGCAAGUUAUCGGUGCCUCGUCACCGCCUGCGCCACUUUCUGCUAGCCCACCCGGAAGCUCUGAGAGCAACGAGAACUUUGUCGUACACUCCCGCUCGACACCGUCUUCUGUAGCCACCGGUGGCCGGUAUUCACAAGAGAGUCUUCGCGUCCCACCGCUCAGGCCAGCCAAGAAGAGAUCCCAGGAAAAGUUUGGAUAUUACAAGCAGCGAUCGCGUGAGAACCUUCGAGCCCGCUCCACCUCCUUUCAAAGCGUUUCCUCGACCGGAGCCCCACCAGUACCGCCUCUUCCGGCCUUACUCACGCCUCCGGUCCUUUUCCGCUUCCCGUCGUCCUCCCGGGAGCAACCUUCAUGGUCGGUACCGUCCCCAUCCGGGUCAUCGACCGGCUCCUCAUCCGGUCAAGAAACUGUCAUCAUCCACCGUACACCACCGAUGACCCAGCCACCACCAGAUCGAUGGAGCUCACAGUUGUCUACGGUUAUGUCCGAAGACGAAUACAACAGUGAACCAGGCUCUUCACGCCCUGGGUCCCACUCGGUCUUGGGCAGCCAGCACCGUUACCGCAACAGCACUGGCGGGUGGGGUGGUUCUACGCACAGCCGUCAGAUGCAGAGUAUUUCCUCGUCCCUCGGAGCACCUCUUGAUAGCGCUGGAAGUGACAGUAUCGCCAGGCCCCAGGCUGCCCAUUCUCGAGGUGGUUCCAUGCCACUUCGCAUGGUUCGUGACCAAGAUGAGCAUGGUGAUGGAAUUGCAGACCUGCAUUAUGACCCUUCAAGAUCAGGCUUGUCCUCGUUUCUCCAGCAUAGCAGCAGCACCUCGAGCGGGAGCCGUAAUCUUCAUUCGAGCCACAGCCACCGCUCGCGCCCGUCCCGAACAAACAGCUUCACAAACUCCAUUCCUGCUUGGGCAAGGGUCUACUAUGGAUCUGGCGAACACCGCUGGGUCGGUCUGCUGUCCUCGUCCGCGUCAGACGCUGGUGACAGCCGCCCGAGCUCUGCUAUUGGACACAGUGGAUCGCCCAACUCUGACAACUUUCCUAUGGAUCUGUUCAGUCCCCGCAAGCGCGCGAGAGAAGGUCAACGCAACUCGCAUGGCUCCAUGGAGAUCCAACCUGCACCAACAGACUAUAAUGUCUUCCGCACACUCAGGGAGAAGACUUCCAGCAUUUGGUCCCCACACCUUCGACAGGACCGUCGCCACAGCCGUUUCAAUGCCUGGGAUCCUCCCGCCACGAGCUGGUCGGCUGAUAGCGGCGUCACUGGCAAGCGUAACAUCCAGAUCGUACUCUUCGCUGUUGGAUUCAUCAUGCCUUUCGCCUGGAUGGUUGCUGCCUUCCUCCCAUUGCCCCCUAACCCCAAAAGCGAGAUGCUUGAAAAGGGUACCCACACUCCCGAUGACCCGUUUGACCGCUCAAAGUCAAGGCUCGGAUUCAGAACUUCAAUCAACCCCAUCAGCCCUAUGGAGGAAGCGAGAUAUCUCAGCGCGCGUUGGUGGCGAAGACUCAACACUGGUAUGUCCUUCGUCGGACUUAUCAUCAUUGGCGCCGUCAUCGCUCUCGCCGUCAUCGGCUCCAAAGAAGGCUGGGCGGACUGAAUCAGAUGAUAGAACUCUCUAUCAUCAUUUGUUUCCAUGUCCGUCCGUACUCGCCCUUCUUAUUUUUCACAACUUUCUUCUUUCUCCGUCUCGAUACACUAUAGACACGAUCUUUUUGAUUUUGGGAAAACCACAUUUUCCAGAGUCGGCGGGAGAUCUUUG